CAAUUCACUCAACACGAAAAGCAUAAUCAUCGCAUAAAACACUACACGAAAAUGGCUAAGCUCGCAGUCCUCUUGGCAACUUUUGCCCUCUUCCUCGUCCUGUCUAACGCCUCCAUCUUCCGCGCUGAGGUGGAGCUCGACGAGGAUGACGUGAACCAGAGAGGCCCACAAGGACGAUGCCAGAGGGAGUUCCAGCAGCAACAGCAGCUCAGGGCCUGCCAACAAUGGAUCCGCCGACGCGCCCAACGCGGCGGUGGCGGGGCCGAUGAUGACAUCGAGCUCGUAUCCGACGACGACGAUUUGAACCAGAGGCAGCCAGCCCUGCAACAAUGCUGCAGGGAAUUGCACCAGGUGGACCGCAUGUGCGUGUGCCCAGUGAUAAGGCGCGCGGCUCAACAGGUGAGGUACCAGGGUCAGCACCAGCCGCAACAGGUGAGGCAGAUGUUCCAAGCUGCUAGGAACUUACCCAACAUCUGCAACAUCCCCGUCGGGCAAUGCCAGUUCUCCGCAACUCCUUACUAAACCCCGAAACCGGCACAUACGUGCGUGCACGCACAACGGAGCUAAAGUUUAGUGCUUGUAUUUUGUUGCAUGCGUGCGAUUUCAAGGGUUUGUGUAGGGUUUUGAGUACGUGUUAGGCAUCACACUAAUCGCGUGAGUGAGUGGGUGCAUGCAUUCUGAGGUUAGAAGCUUAAUAAUGUAACGUGCACUCAUCCUUAAUAAAAUGUUUUAACGACGACUUACUCUU